AUGGCCUACUGGAAGAUCCCAGAAGGUGGCGAAGAUGCAACCGUCUUCGCGCUGGCGCAGCUCUUGCAGUGGAACGGCGGUAGCCGACCUGCUAGCGCUGUUGGAUACAUCUACCGGGAGGAAGGCGGCAGCCUCCAUCGCUGGGUCGUGCAGUCGCAUGGAGGCGUGCAGAAUUUCGUGAACGCUCAUGCGGAUGUUUUCGCUCUGGAACCAAGAAAGCCAGUGAAGGUGCGUGCUAAGCGGACCUGUGCCGAAGCGCUAAUGGCUUUGCAUGGCGUGAGAGUGCUUGAGCUGGAGGGCAUCGGGCCAUGCCCACUGGCUGCUUGUGUUCUCGCAGACUUUGGUGCAGAUGUUGUGACUGUUUGCCGGGCGCAGGGAGGCCGAGCGCGCUCGCAAGGAGAUCCAGUUUCCCGUGGCAAGCGAUCCGUCGCUGUGAACAUCAAGACUGCGGCGGGUGUGAAGGUUGUCCAGAAGCUUGCUUCGACGGUUGACGUGUUCCUGGAGCCUUUCCGGCCAGGGGUGGUGGAGAAGCUCGGUUUGGGCCCCGAGGUGCUUUGCAGUGAGAAUCCGGGCCUUAUCUAUGGUCGCAUGACAGGAUAUGGCCAGGGUGGAACAGAGUUCAGCUCGAUGGCGGGACAUGACAACAACUAUCUCGCUCUGGCAGGCACGUUGGACUUCUUCAGGCGCGGGAAUGAAAAGCCUUUCCCUCCGGCGAACUUUGCGGGCGACUAUGCAGGAGGAGCCAUGAUGCUGGCGCUGGGUGUUCUCCUUGCCCUGGUCGAACGCAGCCGGAGCGGCCGUGGCCAAGUCAUCGAUGCCGCCAUGGUCGAUGGCGCCAACUACACGGCACUCCCACUUUUCAAGUGGAUGCAAUCUGGCCUUGUUCCAGUAGGAAGUGAUGGCCAUGUAGUGGCCUCAGACUUUAUCUUAUGUCAGGCUCCACAUUGGUCCGACAUAUAUCUCUGUAAAGAAGAUCCAGACAAGAAAGGAACACAUCAAUACAUCUCAGUACAGGCGAUCGAACCCCAGUUCUACAAGGUGCUCUUGAACGGACUUGGGCUUGCGGCAGAAGAGCUGCCAGCACAGUAUGAUCGCAAGGCUUGGCCUCAAAUGAAGUCCCGCUUUGCCUCGAUCUUUCUCACAAAGACUCGAGACGAAUGGGCCAAGGUGUUUGCUGGCACCGACGCGUGCUGCGUGCCGGUCCUGAAUGCAUCAGAGGCGGCUGCACAUCCUCACAACAGAAGAAGGCAUAGCUUUGAGCCGACACCCGGCGCACCUGGCGUUUACGAGCCUGCGCCUGCACCCAAGCUGAGCCGCACCCCGGGCCAUGUGCCAAGACCAUGCCCAGUGCCGGGAUCGAACACCAGAGAGGUGCUGGUCGCCUCUGGCUACUCAAAACAGGAGGAUGCCGCCUCAGAGAACCCAAGAGCCGCUGCGGAGGAAGGGGUUCUGGGGCGACAGUUGCCCCACCAUCCGCCUUCGAAGUGCAGAAGAGCAGAUGGCCAGCAAGCUCGGUUGCAGAGUCCCACUUGCUCGUGCUUGGCCUUGGCUCAAGACCCCAGUCUCUUAGCAGCUGUGUCUGGCACCAUGGCGACCGUGCCAGUUAACCCGAAGCCCUUCCUGAAUGACCUUACGGGCAAGCUAGUGCUUUGCAAGCUGAAAUGGGGUAUGGAGUACAAAGGCUCCCUGAAAUCCAUUGACCCUUACAUGAACCUCCAGCUGCUCAACACAGAGGAGUGGGUUGACGGCAGCUUCCGGGGCAACCUUGGGGAGGUCUUCAUUCGCUGCAACAACGUUCUGCUGCAGUUAUCUUUCGACACGGCAGCUGACAGAGUGUGCAUGCCGAGGUACAUCCGUGGAAUGGCCGAUGAGGAGUCAGAUAUGGAAGAAACUUUGCGCAUGGAAGCCCUGCGACUACAGGUGGAGUAUUACCUCAGUGACGAGAACUUGUUGACCGACAGUUUCUUCCAGGACUUGAUCCACAGUGACGGAGGAUGGAUCGCGGUCGAAAGCUUUCUAGGCUGCCCGCGAAUCCAACAGCUGCGGGCCACUGCAACGGAGCUCAUUGCGGCACUGCGGUGGUCCAAGCAGCUCCGGCUGCGGGAGUGGCCACAAGGAAAGGAGGCAGUUUGCCGCACGUCACCCCCGCCCAAGCCAAAGGUGCAUGCAACUACUGUCCCAGUUCCGGCUGGGGAAGAUGCCCUGGAGGUGAGGCCGCUGGCCUUGCUGCGGGACUUCACAGCAGGAUGGCAGGCCGUGGUGGAGGAUGCGGAUCGCCGAUCCUUCUGCUUCGUGAAGCGGACGAGUGCGCCUGAAGACGUGCUGCGACAGGAAUUCGACCUGCUGCUGUCGUCCGGACACUGGCAGACACUGACCAGCAAAACUGGUGCGGUCACAAGAAGCACUGCAUGGUACGUGUCUCCAGGAUGCUGUUGCCGCUAUGUCUACGGCGACACCGCCGUACUGCCACGAGACAAGCCGCCUUGGCUAGCCGAUGUUGAGGCCAGAGUCCUCGGAGAGCUCUGUGGGCUCAGACAAGAAGAGUGGCCGAACAGUGUAAACAUGAACCUCUAUGAGGACGAGUCGCAAAACGUGGGCUGGCACUCUGAUGACGAGGGUCUCUUCCGCGGUUGUCAGGCAGACUGUCGGAUCAUCUCAGCCUCCUGGGGCGCUUCAAGGAGGUUCGAGGUAGCUGUGAAGGACCGAAACCACGUUUCUGGAAAGCCCAGCGUCUUCUAUGACACACUCCAGAGUGUAACCCUGAAUUCAGGAGAUCUCUGCACCAUGGAGGGGCUUUUCCAAAAGCACUUCUCACAUCAAGUGGCCAAGGGAAACUCUGUGGAGAGUCCGAAGUCCUCAGCCUCCACAACUUCUGAGAGCAUGGCAUCCCCGGGAGAGACGUCCAGGUACAGAUCGGCUCGAAUAAAUCUCACGUGGCGCUACAUAGUCAGUCAUAGAUCAUACUGCCGACGAUCUCGGCCAGAUGGCGACAGUCCACGACUCCAGCCGCCUCAAGAGCGCCUGAGAGAAGCCGUCAUUCCUAAUCCGUAG